AUGGAUUCCACCUUUUCUUUUGGGGUGAUCCUUGCUACCCUGGCCUGCCUCAUCAUCGCAAUCAAUGCACUGGUGGCUGUGGCAGUGUUUCUGCUCAUCCAGAAGACUGACAGCAUAAGCCUUUGCUUCACCUUGAACCUGGCUGUGGCUGACACCCUCAUUGGUGUGGCCAUCUCCGGCCUCAUCGAAGACCAGCUCUCUAGUCCAUCCCAUUCAACACAGAGGACUCUGUGUAGCCUGCGUAUGGCUUUUGUCACCUCUUCCUCGGCUGCCUCGGUCCUCACUGUGAUGCUGAUUGCCUUUGACAGGUACCUGGCCAUUAAGAAACCCUUCCGCUACUUUCGGAUCAUGAACGGGCCACUGGCUGGGACCUGUGUGGCUGGACUGUGGUUGGUGUCCUACAUCAUUGGCUUCCUCCCACUGUGGGUGCCCUUCUUCCAGCAGGCCACAUACCAAGGCCCCUGCAGCUUCUUUGCUGUGUUCCAUCCCUAUUUCAUCCUGACUCUGUCUUGUGGGGGUUUCUUCCCAGCCCUGUUGCUCUUUGUCUUCUUCUACUGUGACAUGUUCAAGAUCGCCUCCAUGCACAACAAGCAGAUCCGCAAGAUAGAGCAUGCAGGAGCCCCAAAAGGCCACUGUCAUUCUUCCAGGUUUAUUGGGGACCUCAAGGCCCUCCGAACUGUGGCUAUACUCAUCGGGAGCUUCACACUGUCCUGGGCCCCAUUCCUCAUCACCGGAAUCGUGCAGGUUGCCUGCCAGGAAUGCCAGCUCUACCAAGUGCUCGAGAGGUACCUGUGGCUGCUUGGCGUGGGCAACUCUCUCCUCAACCCACUCAUCUAUGCCUACUGGCAGAAGGACGUGAGGACGCAGCUCUCCCAGAUGGCUGUGGGAAUUAAAAAGAAAUUUGUUCUGUUCUUCUUCCUCAUCUUCCCCCAGGAUCCUGGCCCAAGGGAACCCAGGGAAAGUUCCUGCCACAUUGUCACCAUCUCCCAAGCCCACCUGUAG